GUUCAUAAUAUUAUUCUUUCUUUUUUCUUUGUAAUUUAAUCAACUUUGUUGUUUGUAAAUUUUAGUUUAGUUUUUUUUUUUUUUUUAAAUGCUAUCAAAGGACUUGACGCCAAAUCCAAAGGCUGUCAAUAUAAUCCGUCCGUUUAAUCAACAAACACAACAACAACAACAACAACAACAACAAACACAACAGUAUUUAUUUUCUAAUCAGCUUUUACAACAGCCUUAUAAUGGUUCGUCGUCUUCAAGUACAUCCUCCAUUACUACAAUGACAACAACUCCCAUGAUUCGACAAUUGUCAGCAGAAAGUAACCCGGGGCUUUCAUUCUUUUGUCAUUCAAGUAAUAAUACUAAUAAUAACAAUAAGACUAAUACUGUCGCAAAUCAUUCCAUUAUAACAACAUUCAAUGUACAAAACUCCUCAUUUGAUAAUCAACAUAAACCAACAUUAAAAACUCCUUCUGCUAAUACUACUCCAGCCUUAGUCAUAAGUCGGAUCAAUUUACCCAACUAUGUUAAAAAGCAUCGUCCAACUGAUCAAGUUGAAUCUGUAAUAACAAACAAAGAAGAAGAAAAAGAAAGGGUUUUAUCAUCCUCACCGACUACAGAUAAUAAAAUAUCAACAUUUAAACCCGGUAUUGGUUUUAUAGGCAGUAGUGGAGGAGGUGUAGGUUCAUUUUUACUUCGAGGUAGACAUAUACUACAGUCAAGUCAUCCAUUAGAAGAAGCAAGAGUAUAUCAAAAGAUUGAAGAUCUGGAAAUAGAAAAAAAGUCUCUAUUGACUUUAAAUCAAACAUUAGAAACAGUAAUAAAAGAACAAUCAAUGACUAUAAGUGAUUUACAAAAUAGAUUAGCAGCAAUAGAGAGACCACUAACACCAGGUUUAGAUACAACUUUAAGUGAAGAUGACAUUAUGCAGCCUCCUUCUCCUAAUAAUGAUGAUAUACUUGAAUUAGAGAAAUGUAUUAAAGACGAAGAUGCUGCAUUUGAAAGGAUUCGUACGAUGCUUGUAGAUCUGAUUGAUCAGGCACAAACUGCUGUUUCACAAAAUAAUCGACAAUUAAUAGAUGCCUCCACAAAUACAACCUAUGCUACCUCACCGAAACAUACCUCAUAUCCUUCACUGCCGAACAGACGGCCGAAAUCAUUAAUCAUACAUUCGUCAACAAAUACGAACCAGCAACCAUUUCGAAGAAGACUAUCUAGUAGUGGAAUAAAUACUACGAGUACGAAAAUAAGCCCAUCAUCAUCACCUGUAAGCACAAAAAUAGGUCCAUCAUCACCACCUUCUACUUCUCCUAUACCAAAUAGACGCUACUCAGUUCAGCGAUCUGUCACGAGAUCCUCAUCACCUUCAUUUACUACUAAAAAGAAAGUAUCCUCCUCAUCUAAACAUACUACUAUGAAAUAUAAUAAAGCAAUACAUGAUUCACAACAACAAACGAAAAAAUGGAUAAAUUAAUCCCACUAACAUAUGUAUACCACCACUACCACCACCUUUUUUUUUUAUUU